GCUAAAGACAGACCGUCGUCGGCCGCGCGGCUUCGUUAUAAAAAUCAAUAGCAUUAGUAAGUUCGUUCGUACAAACGAAUUAUACGAUUGUCUUAGUGUGCGUCCGUGUCGGUGUGCGGAAAACAAAAAAAAACCACCAGCGAAAAUUCUUGUAAUAAAAAUCAAUCGGAGCGAGGAAGGCGCCGCGCGGGGCGCCGACUGGUCGGGCGCUCCCCCGCAUACCUACAACUCUAUAGUGCAUUUACCUCCUGCCUCCCCGAUUUAUUCCGCGAAUUCUACUUUACACCUCUUCCUAAACAAUCAAAAAACUUUCUCCGAUACGCGUAGUUGUGUAGCCUUGACAGCUUUAGAUUUCAAAAGAUCGCUUGGAAACUCGAAGCGGGGGGACGACGGGGCGAAGUCGUUUUGUUUUUAUUUCUUCGACGAAAAAAAUAACGCCGCCCUGCAGCGUCCUAAACAUGCGCCACGCAGCUACGCGGGCCCGGCCGGGUGUGUGCGGGAUUCACUUUCAUUUGCGACAUCCCAUCUCGAAGGUCACCGCGCGGCAGCGGAUCCUGACCGUGUUCUAGGUAAGUAAAGUUCGUUAUUCGCGCCCUUUUCCCACGUUUAUCGCGUCCGUGUUUUACUUCGUCCUUCGCAAAGACGGUAGACUUUCGCGCACGUGUUUGGUGUCCACGGUAACGCGGGGAGAGGGUUAACCGCGCAAGUUUUACAUUCACUAUUCCCGCGUCCGCAGGUGCGAGUGGGUACUUGUGUCGCCGUCCGUCACGUGUUUCGAUAAAGUUUUGAAAUUUACGCGCGUCAAAAAAGUUACUAUCGUAGAGUUAUAUGUGGGUAGCUGGUUAUACUUAAGUUUGCGAGCGUCCCGGCGAAAACAAACAGAAUUAAAAAAGCGCUGGCCUUGCGGGCGACAGAAAGGGAGGGAAAUUAACUUCGCACUCUUCAUUUGUGCACCAAUCGAGAAAAAAUUCAAUAAAGCUCGCUUCCUUUUGUCUAAUUGCCUAUGUAUACGUACUUAUGCCGACUGUUCGAUUGCUGCGACAUUUAGAAGGAAAAUGGAGCAUUUCGCUGUAUCGCCCGCAAGGGCCCGACCUCUCGACAAUAGGAAAUGCCCGGCCGCGGUUUUCCGCAGGUCAAGCACGAACCGGCCUCCGAAGACGACGACUCGCAGUACGCACACGGCUAUUUCACCAAUCACAAUCAGGUACUACCGUCGCUGGAGUUCCAUCCGGUGAAGCUCGAGGCCGAUAUAGACGAGAAUGCGUCUGCGCACAUAUUGCGGCACUUACAGGGUUCGGAGAGUCUGGAGGAGCUAGCGCCGCCGGCGCCGGCGGGCCCUGCCGCCACGCCGGUCGCCGUUAAACAGGAGCCCGCCGAGCCCGCCGUCGUGCUGGAGACCCUCGCACCAGCGCCGCACUCGGAUACGCUGGGUUCCAUGCUCAUCGACAGACACAAAACGCUGCCUGGCGCCAACGAUGCUGACUCCAUGGAUUUCAUGCCUCUCCUUGCUGUUAAAGACGAACCUCUCUCUGAAGGAGAGCAACACCACUUGAGUGGGUCAGACACGAGUGACUCCAGCACCCAGCCGGAGCCGCCUCGUGGCAGCCCCAAAAACUGGACGCAGCAAGACAUGGAACUGGCCCUUGAGGCCCUGCGGACGCACAAUAUGAGUCUUACUAAGGCGUCAGCCACAUACGGCAUCCCGUCGACAACGCUCUGGCAGCGCGCGCACCGACUCGGGAUCGACACGCCCAAAAAAGAAGGCGCGUCCAAGUCAUGGAGUGAAGAGGAUCUUCGCGGCGCUCUUCACGCGUUGCGGUCCGGAGCUAUUUCUGCCAACAAGGCCAGCAAGGCUUACGGCAUUCCAAGCAGCACUCUGUACAAGAUUGCUCGGCGCGAGGGCAUUCGGCUGGCGGCGCCAUUCAACGCGGCGCCCACCGCGUGGCGCCGAGCUGACUUGGAGCGGGCGCUGGCGUCCAUCCGCUGUGGAGCGGCGUCGGUACAGCGAGCGGCUUCGCAGUUUGGCAUACCUACAGGCACGCUGUACGGGCGAUGCAAACGAGAGGGAAUCGAGCUGUCACGGUCUAACCCUACGCCCUGGUCCGAAGACGCAAUGGGAGAGGCGUUGGAAGCUGUUAGGGUGGGACAAAUGUCAAUAAACCAAGCAGCGAUCCACUAUAAUCUGCCUUAUUCGUCACUCUACGGACGAUUCAAGAGGUGCAAAUAUCAAAGUCCUCAAGCAAUACCCCAGCAGAACAUGCCAGAGAUGGAGAUGGAACCCCAACAAGCCCAAAUGUACUAUCCACACCAAGUGCCCAUGCCCGAGGAGUAUCACCAUAGCUACAUGGCGGAACCUGAAGCUAUGCAUGCCCCUGUCAUUCAGGAACCCUAUGGAAUGUACUAUCAAGGUUGCAAUAACAGUAUCGCGACGAGUUGAGGGUACAACGCCUCAGGAAGCGAGGGCCCUUGACAUUGCGCUUUCUGAGGUACUUAUUAGUCCAAGAUUUGAGGCUUACAGAAAAAAUGAGGGUAUGAUAUCGGUACCCUGCGCAUAAGUUUCUACAAUGUCGGGUGGGUUACUUUAUUGCUGACUGUAUCUGUUGCGAAUGCCAAGCAAUGGAGUCUAAAAAUCCAAAUGUUGUGAAUUACUUAUAUAUAAUAUUAAUUAUAAUUAUAUAUUAUAUUCUUACCUAGUUAUGCCUGAGGCUGCCACAGAGACAUCUGAAAAUCACGGCCUUUAUUCAGUAGUUGAAGUCCGACUUUCACGUUUUAAAAUUUCGAAAUAAAGUGGGUUUAUGUCAAUAACCAUGCAGAUAGGUAAGUACGUAAACGUAUAUACAUUCAGAUGUGCCUGCGGUGACCCUUAUAGUUUCGCAAUAGUCGCAAUACAGGUCAGUAUUUCCAUUUAAUGUUAUUAUUUAUAUUAUUGAAAGAUGCGUCAUUUUAUGUACAGUAAUCAACCUGAACGAGUACAUGAUAGUCGUAGUGUAAGUCAUUUUAAUUUAAGGUUAAUAAGAUUAAGAAUGAUUGCAAAUCAUUUUGUGAAACGAAAUACGUAAACAAUGGCAAUUUGAUUAAUAAUGUAAUUUGUGUCGGGUAACAAAGUCUUAGCUAGCAUAUUUUUAUAAAGGCUAUUCGAUUAGGUACUGUCUAUAGGUAACGGAUAGAAUUCUAAGCAUGGAUUUUAUAAAGAUCCUUAUACGGACAUGUGGGAUUUCGUUUCGUUAGUCUGAUGUGAUGACACAUCGCAGACCAGUGUUGGCCGAACGUUAAUUGCAAUUGACCAAUAACCAUUACAAAUUGAACCGUAAACCGUAACGGACGGUAACAGUGUACGGUUCAAUUUGUAAUGGUUAAUAGUCAAUUGCACUAACGUUUCAGCCAACACCGUUGCAAACGCAAUUGGAUGUCAGGAAAUGUUUGGAUCAGUCAAAACUGACAGAUCUUCUCCCGGAAUUCUACAGUAAACUGAGAAAAACGUAUCUGACAUAGAAGUCACAAUUUCACCUGUUAAUGGUGAAAUUGUGACUUCUAUGUCAGUUACGUAAUCUAAUGUUGUUUUCCUUUCAAUUUGUUUGAGGCUGCCUAUUACAUAGGUGUUUGAUUAUAGAUUUAAAAGUGUAUCACAUAUGCGUUUGUUGUUGUCCUAAAGCACCCCAGAGGUGCAAAGGGCCUUCACAAGCUCGCGCCACGCCUUCUUAUCUUCAGCUCGCCUUCUGGCCUCGCUCCAGCUCAACCCGAACGCUCGUAGCUCUCUUAGGACGGACCGUUGCCAAGAGUGUACAGGACGCCCGGACCCACGGCUUCCGUCCGGCGGUUUCCACGCGAAAGCUAUGGUAGCAUUAUUCGUUUACCCUCUUCGAAUAGUAUGUCCUAUCCAUCUCCAUUUCCGUGUCGCAAUUUCUUCGUUAAUGGGUGUUUGCCGGCAUAUACUCCAUAGGUCUUCAUUUCGAAUGGUUUUUGGCCAGAAAACGCGAAGGAUCGACCUGAGGGACUUGUUGACGAAGACCUGAAGUUUAUUAGUUAGGUCUUUAGUCUCUCUCCACGUUUCGCAGCCAAAAAGCAACACAGAUUUCACAAUGGAUUCGAAGAGGCAAAGUUUAACUCGUCGUGUGAGCACAUUCGACUCCCAAACAGCCUUUAACUGAGCGAACGCAGCCUUCGCCUUCUUUAUCCUGUUGUCGAUGUCUUUAUCCGCUCCACCUUUGACACUGAGUCUAGGUUCUCACCCCCCAGCGACAGCGGACUAUUGAUUAGUCGUUCCAAAAUAGGGCUUCGAAUACUAGGACCUUUAAAGGUGUCAGUAAAUACGGGGUUUAAAUAAUAUUUGUAAAAAAAUAUGGUUAUAAAAUAAGUUCAAAAGUACCUAGAGUACGAAGACACAAACAACUCUAGUAUAAUUAGGUAAAGCCUGGAACUGUCUAUUUGACAUAAAGUUACGUACUUAAAGAUCUUCGUUGUCUUGGUCUUGCUUUAAUUAUCGCAAGCGAAAUUUCCUUGUGAUAGAGGGAGAAAGCCUAAACGAAGCAAUUGUCUUCCAUCUUUUUGAGACCACGACCUAAGUUUGUCUACCGUAUCUAAGGAUCUUUAUAGGACUCUCCUUAAUAUUAACGUCGUUGUCAACUAAUAACUUGAAUGGUUAAAAUCAUCAUGGACUUCCAGCGUAUAGCAAUAUAUUACCUAAAAUUAACGCAUUUUAAUUCCCAAUAUAUUUUUCUAAUCUAAUCUUAUUGUAAAGCUUCGAACAAACUUCCGUACCGUUAGUUAUGGUGAUAAUUAAGUAGGUACUAAAUCUUAAUUAGAAUGAUAACAUAGGGAAUAAUGUCUAGUCAUCGAAUAAGCCACAACUCAUUUUUCUGAUAAAGUAGGCCAAUUUUCUAUGUUUAUUAUUCUGAGGAAAAAUUGGACUAGAGGGAUCUUUCAGAGAAUGAUAAUGGUUAGUGAUAUUCCUGUUUUCAAGUUAUUGUUAUAAUUGAUUUUGUAGGUUCUUAGCGAUGUAGACUGCUAGAAUAGUAAAACUGCCAUUAAUAUACGUAAUUUACCUAUACAAAUAAUAUAGCGUUAAGGGUACGUAAGGGCCGAAAUUUAUUAAAUUGUAAUACUUAUAAUAUUACCUUUUAUAAAAAAAAAAAUGGGUCCUAUUUGACAAAAGUUGAAUCAGUCAAAUGUAUGUAUGUAAAAUUUGCUACAAAAAUCGUAAAUCAUAAAUAUUCGCUCCGUGCAUGACUGGCGCCGCGUAGUGGGUGUGGGACGUAUUACUUAUAGUAUGAAGAUGUCGUUCCACGAAAGUUCAUAGUUUUACCACGUCGUGUGUUAGCAUCGCUUGUAAUUCCCCCUACCACCAACAUCGUUCAUAGCCAAUACGUUUUGACAUAGUUUUAACCAAGUGUUGCAGACUAAAUACUAGUGAACUCUCAGUGCCGGAUUAAGAUCUACAAUAAAAUUACUAUAUUCAACUUUUGUUAGGAAGACUCCAGUUACAUUUUAGUUUUACCCAUUACUUUUAAUCACCUUGCAAAUAAAUAAUUAAAGAAGGAGUUGAAAAAAAGUCCCUUGCGUCCAUGUGAUUAUUGAAUUUCAUCUUAAGUAGGUACUGUGUUUGAAAUAAAUACGUAAUGAUGUGAUAUUUAUAGUACCUAACUUAACAUGUCCAGAUGUAUUUUGUACAAUAUUUUAGUUUUAAUUAUCUUGUUCUAUCGUGUCAUUCACGAAGAAGCGUGCUUUGGUUCGUGCUAUUAAAGGCUAGAUUUGACAAAUCUACGCGUCAUUGUGAAUGGCACUAUCUACACACAAAGUUAUUGAACACGUUUGUUAUUAUUUUAUACGUUUACACUAUUUAUAGAUAGUGUCAUUCGAGAAGACGCGUGCCUUGACUCGUAUUAUCAUAUUAUUAAGGGUUAGAUUUGACAAAUCUGUGCGUCAUCGUGGAUGACACGAACUAUACAAAUCCAGUAUUAUUAUAAAUGUAAGUUAUUAUGUUAGUCUCAAUCAAAUGAAUCGAUGGCGCUUCGUGAUGUUUGACAUAACCGCCAUCUAGCGGAGGGUUUAUUAUUUGAAUUAAAUGUUUCAUAUGGUGGUUCUUGUCAAAGAUAAUAUAACCACUACAUUAAUUAUCUUUUAAUUAAGUACCCAUUAGAAAUAUUUAAAACGGUUUAGGACUAAUGUUAAAAUGUAUCUUUAAGUAUCUUAACUUUAGAAUCUGUCACGCACGCAUUAUGUUUAUUAUUUGUUACUGGCCGUUUUGUGGCUACGGUAGUUUUGUUACUGGUUUUUGUUAAUAUGGUAUCGGUUGGUUACUGGGAGGAAGGAAAGAGGAGACAAUGUUCAAAUUAGCACUAAUGAUUUUAUAUUUUAGUAACUAGCGCUUUUAGAACUUCUAAAAAUAUAAACUUGAUAGACUGCAA